AUGGCGUCUCGAGCCCUCAUCCGAUUUCUAGGGUUUCCCAGGUACCCUCUCUCCUCCCCCUUCUCCCCUCGAUUCCUCUCCGUAGAUCUCCUCCAUGAACCCUCGCAAACCGACCCUCAACGCGACGCCACCGCCGUGUCCGAGCGAUUCGUCCUCGAGGAGCUCUCGAAGCUCCUCCCCAUCGAUCCCAAACCCCCAAACCCUAGCUUUUCCGGGGGAAAAUCCGCCAUAGAAUCGCUUUCUACUAGCGUGGGCGAUCGAUUCCUCUCGCCCGAUGAGAAGCUGCGAGGGGUCUUCCUCCAGAAGCUUCGAGGGAGAUCCGCCGUGGAAUCCGCGCUAUCCGCCGCGGGGGUCGAUCUAACGUCGGAGAUCUUCGCCGAUGUAUUGAAUAAGGGCAAUCUAGGUGGGGCGGCGAUGGUCUCGUUCUUCGAUUGGGCGGUGGCGCAACCAAAGAUGCCAAAUUGUGUUGAAAUGCAUAAUGUGAUCCUUAGAGCACUGGGGAGGAGAAAGUUCUUCGAGUUCUUCGAUGAGAUCUUGCAAAGGAUGAAGGAAAAUGAGAUAGAACCCAAUUCGAAAACUUUGGAGAUCUUAAUAGAUAGUUUUGUUGCCGCUCGACAGGUUUCUAAAGCAGUUCAGUUGUUCAGGAGUCUGGAAGAGAUCGGGGCGAAGCGUGACACGGAGUCUUUCAAUAUACUCUUAGAGUGCCUUUGUCGUCGAACGCAUGUUGGGAUCGCAAACUCUUUGUUUAACACCGUGCGAGAAAAUUUAGUUUUCAAUAAUCGGACAUAUAAUGAGCUUAUUGGCGGGUGGGCGAGGAUUGGUAGAGUUGAUAAAGCAGAGAGUUGUUGGACAAUGAUGAUAGAUGAUGGAUUAAAGCCUGAUAGUGUUACAUUUUGUCGCCUUAUUGAGGCACUGGGAAGAGCUGGGCGAAACGACGAGGCCGUUGAUGUCUUUGAGAAGAUGGAGGAGAGUGGCUGCAUUAGAAAUACCAUGAUUUAUAAUGCACUAAUUUCUAAUUUCAUCUUAGUUGGGGAUUUAGAGAAGAGCAUUGAGUAUUAUAAGGACAUGUCUCGAAAUAACUGUUCGCCAGAUAUUAAUACUUAUAACAAAUUGAUUAUUGCUUUUCUAAAAGUCCGAAGAGUUGCGGAUGCCCUCGAAACAUUUGACGAAAUGUUGGGUCGAGGAAUUAUCCCUAGUACGGGGAUGGCUACUUCAUUUAUUGAGCCAUUAUGUAGCUUUGGACCUCCUCAUGCAGCCAUGCUCAUGUAUAAAAAGAGUAGGAAAGCUGGGUGUAGAAUAUCGUUGAAAGCAUACAAGCUUUUGCUAAUGAGGCUUUCAAGGGCUGGUAAAAGCGGGAUGGUGCUGAAGAUAUGGGAGGAGAUGCAGGAGGGAGGUUUUGCUUCUGAUACAGAGGUUUAUGAGUUUAUUGUUAAUGGUCUUUGCAAUGUUGGGAAGGUUGAGACUGCUGUCCUUGUGGUGGAGGAAGCACUACGAAAGGGUUUUUCUCUCGGAAAAGUUGUUUAUAGCAAGCUGAACAGCAAGUUGCUAGAGAUGAAUAAAGUUGAGACAGCGUAUAAGCUCUCUCUAAAGAUUAAAGAUGCACGCAAUAAAGCUAAUUCGCGGGCUUUUUGGCGUGCUAAUGGUUGGCAUUUCUGAGAAUAAAUUCAACUCACCUUAUUCUUUUAUACCGGUCUACUUUUGUGAUAAUCGUAUGACAGCUACUCUUUAUCAGAUAUAGAGCAUCCUGGUGUUUCUAUACAUAGAUGCAGGAUCAACUGUCUCUUAACUCAUACAGUUAUAAGCAUUACAGGCCGAAAGAUCCUUCU